AUGGACGGUGCCGUCGUGAUGUGGACGUGCACGAAACAGUCAGAGGUGUCAUUGAGCACAAUGGAAGCGGAGUUCAUCUUUGCGUCACAAGCCGGACGUGAGUUGUUGGGCCUAAAAAAGCUACUCGGCGAGCUGAAGCUGAGAAUAUGUGAGCUUAUGCCAAUGUGCGUGGAUAACCAGGCAGCGAUCAAGCAACUUGAGCAUGAAAAGAGCACCUCAAGCGCAAAGCACGUGGACAUCAGAUUCAAGUUCAUACUCCACCACGUGCGAGAAGGAGUUGUGCAACCAAGAUUCAUCAAGUCUGAAGACAUGAUGGCGGACAUGCUAACCAAGGCGUUGCCAGCACCAAGAAUGGAAGAUUUGCGGACGAUGUUCAACCAUCCAGGAUGCAGUCGAGGAGGAGUGUUAGAAAAUAUCGUUUUUGACAGGUUGGAAGGUGCUAAAGGCAAGGGCUAUCUAUACCCUGUGCCUGGUGAGUUGCAACCGCAUCUGAUUGGCUAA